AUGCCGACUGGCAUGCCUAAUAUACCACGCCAGGCUGCAUGGCUUGCCAAAUCAACUAAGCCAGGCGCUGUAAUCGGAUUCGAUCCUCAACAGUUGCCACAUUUCUCAUGGCGCCAAUUGGUGUCUGAGCUGCGCGAGGCGGAAUCGGAAUCUCUAAACGCAUCCAAUGAAAAUUCUCAAAUUGUGCACUCUAGUCAUGAGCAGCCUAUUGGACUAAAUGCUCUGGAAGUUGGCGAGGCCCGACCUGCUUAUACGAGACGACGUAGAUAUCAAUCUCCUGGCCAAGUAGAGACUAACCUAAAUUUGGGAGAAUAUCGCUCGUCUGCUACGUAA